CUUUCAUUUCCAAAAGACUGCAGGAUUAGAACAUCACGUGCGUUAGUUCGGAACUCAAACUCGGUUGUACUGGAAACUCCACAUCCACUUCUCAAACCGUUCCCAGAGAUCACUCACACACUGUUUGGAAAGCGAUCAGCGAUCGGUAUUUGGUGAUUCGUGAACGGUGAUCUCAACUUGAACACAAUGCCUGAAGCGAAAGCACACAGCUUCCGGGAAGCAAGCUUCCAGAGCUUGCAAUAUUGCGACUAUUGCCAAAAGGUUCUGUGGGGAUUCGCCCGACAAGGGUGCCAAUGUUCAGAAUGUGGUUAUACUUGUCAUCACUUGUGCAGCCGAUUCUCACUCAACUGCCAUCAACUUGACCGGAACCAUAUGGGAGAUGACCGGUCUUCUGUGUUUACAGACUCUGAUCGCGAGAGUGUAUCGCGAUUUUCAACGCGCUCCGAGGUGUCUACGAUGACCAGUUCUCGUCAGCGAACAAAGAAAUCAAGUGGAUUUGAAUCAGAUACACCCAACGCUCCACUUCGAGUAGUUGAAGACGCUUCCAAAUCCUCCACUCCUAAUACCGCGAAAACACAUCGACGAACCAUUCAGCAACAUGUACAGGACUCCAUGGCACAGGCGACAUUGAAUGGAGUGUGGAAUCCUAAUGUUUCAAUUUUGUCGCCACGAGCAACGGGAAAAGCUUUCUCAAAGUUCGUUUCCCGUGCCACACCCAUCACCAACGCCAUGUCGUAUUUCAAUCAUGUAUAUCACUGGCAACAGCCUGUUGUUUCCUUUUCAUAUUUAAUAUUUUGGAGUUUACUAUGUUUAUACCCAUCAAUAAUACUGCUCAUACCGCCACUGGUCAUCCUAUUAACGCUACCACAACUGAAAAGUGCAAAAUCUAUAUCGGAUAUCUUGUUGCCGACAUGUACUGACGAAACCUCGCCGCAGUACUUUUCAAAUCUGAGGACUGUACAAGACAUUUUAACUCAAGGCAUUACAAUUCAUGAUAGAUUGACGCGACAACUCACGCGUUUGAGUCAGGACAAUACGCGAGUUCCAUUGGGGAUUCUUGGCGUCUCAGGUCUUAUAUCAUCUAUCGCUUGGAUCUUUGGAAGGCAAUUAAUCUGGUUUAUUGGAUGUAUGAUUCUUUUACGGCACACAUGGAUGUGGCAGGUUGCUCAGAAGGCCGUCGGUGCCAUAUUGGAAGUUAUUCAAACCUUAGUAGAUGCAGCCGGUAAAUUGGGUCUAAUCAAAGCGAACCCCACUUUUGCUGCCGACCCAGAUACUCUUGAAAUCUCAAUAUUUGAAAAUCAGAGAUGGUGGGCAGGGUCAGGCUUCACAGGACAGCUACUGCGGGCAGAGCGCAAGCCAUGGACGAAUAUUACAGGUGCAGAGCCUCUUGUCCCCAAGGAAGAUAUGCCUCCACCCAUCGGCUUUCGGUGGACUGAUAAAGAAUGGCAUUUGGAUGAAUCCGGUCCUUGGAUGGAUUCUGUGCUUGGCAUUGGUGAGUGAUACUGGAAUGCAUCAGGUUAUUUAUAUUAGAAAGUGAAACAGUGCCAAAACUAAUAUGGUCGGUUUUUGCUAUUUCCUAUUUAUCUGCCCCCUCCCGCCUCUGUGCCACGCUUGACGAUGUAGUCCGAGUGGUUGAUCCAGAUGAAGAUGGUUGGAUAUAUACAGAUCACAAGU